AUGGAAUACACAUACGAGAACGUUAGUAACUACAGCGGUUACAGCACCCCAGACUCCAUCAACCAACACUCCAUUCCUCAAAUGUACCAUAACCAAGGACCUCAGCUUCAUACUAUGCCUUCUCCUCCGCUCUCCGACUCUAUACCACCCACUCCCACAUAUCCCGUUACUCCUACGACCUCCUACAUCCCAACUCACAACGGUCAUCACUACCCUCAGCAAUACCAACAACAGAUCGUUCCGGUUUCCCGCGGUCCGGUGAUGCCAGCCGGGAGCCGAAGGAGAUGUUCUCCGGAUUCUCCUCUCAUCUUGGACCCUCCUCCCAUGCGCCGUCCCACACUCACAUCGAGGAAGGACCAUACUCAUCCUUACUACCCCAAACGUCGCCCCAAUGUCCAGGUUUCGGAUGACGACGACGAUGAACUCCCAGAGCUCCCACCGAACGCGACCGACCAACAGAAGAUCGAGCACCAGCGAUACCGCAACACCCUCGCUGCUCGUAGAAGUCGCAAGCGCAAGGAGUUGUACAAACAGGAAUUGGAGCAAAGAGUUGAACAGUUGACUAUGGAAACGGAGAAAUGGAGAAUCCGCGCAGAAAUGCUUCGAGAGAUGAUCGAAAGUCAGGGAUUGCAGAUCUGCCCUGAUUGGAGCGAAUAA